AUGAAGUUGGCGACUGUCCUCGCCCUAUCUGUUUCGCUUGCUAGAGAGGCCCUCGGCACGCCCUCCCCCUCGGAUGAUGGCACACCGUUGGCCACGCCGGUGGACUUCAUGACCUCUUUACCAGCGAAGGCAGCUAUAUACAACAUCACAGACAUGAAUAACGGCUAUACCCAAAUUGUCUGCAAUUUGUAUGAUCCCGUAGACGACAAGCAGUUCGAAGAGUCGAGGAAGUCGAAUAUAGAGUACUUCUUCCACACAACCAAGCCCAAGAAACCGGUGGCGCCAGGCGAGUGUGAAAGAAUUGGGUGCUACGACCACGUUGCGACCAAAAAACCCAAAGCCCCAGACUCCUGGAAGGAAGUUGCGGAUGCUCUCAAGGCCAUCCCAAAGAUCGCCGAUGAGAAAUGUAGCCGGAAUGACUACGACGCUCAUAGUUUCAAGCUCUUCCACAAGGACGGAUGGAGUCUCACCAUCAGCAAGGUGUGUAGAGGGGAAAACAAGUGCCGUUAA